CCUGCCCUCGCCCCGGCCCUCGCUCGGCCACCAGCGCCUUUCCAAUGCGGGGCCGUGGAUCCCUAAGCCUCCAUCGCGCCCCUCGUGUGCUCGCCGGGGGCCGGCAGCCCCACCGCUGACAGCGGCCUCGGGCCCACAAAAUGGCGGCCGGCGGGCCCCCACCGCCGUGUCAGCCGGGCCCCGGCGGCCGUAGGAACCUUUGCGCGGCGGAACGCGUGGGCGCGGGGGGCGGUUUCCGAGCCGGGCCGGGCCGGUUGGAGGUUGGGCCGGGCCCGGCCCCGCCGCCAUGGCCGAGGUCUCGGCGGAGCUGGAGCUGUUCCGCCGCCGCUGGCGGGAGGAGCUGGCGGGGGACGCGAAGCGACGGCGGCGGGAGGCGGUAGCAGCAGCGGAGCCCGAGAGCCGCCGCGGCGCGGAACCGGGCGAGCCGGGCUACCUAACGCUGGCCCGCGGCCUGCUGGACGGCGGCACCCCGGCCUGCCGUAGCCCGUCUCCCGCCCGCCCCACCGAGGAGCCCGCGGGGGACGGCGACGGCGACGACCUGCUGGGGCAGCUCAUCCGAGACCUGAAUGAAAUAAACGAGGUUCCUUUCUUUGAUAUCCAGCUGCCUUAUGAACUGGCACUGAAGAUAUUUCAGUACCUGGGCAAGACUGAAUUGGGAAGAUGUGCUCAGGUCAGCAGGACAUGGAAAGUACUUGCAGAAGAUGAAGUGUUGUGGUACCGGUUGUGCCAACAGGAAGGAUACCUCUUAGAUACGAGCAUCUCUGAUCAUUCCUGUUGGAAGCUCACCCUCAAGAACUGCCGUGCCAGAGAGCGCACUUUGAAAACCAACUGGAAGAACCGCGUCGGUGCUGUGAGCCAGCUGCAAUAUGAGCUGGGAAAAAUUCUUUGUGAUGUACAUUCUUGCGAUGGAGUUGUUAUUGCUGGAUAUACAUCAGGAGAAGUGAGGUUGUGGGACACUCGCACCUGGGACUACACAGCCCCCAUCCUGGAACCAAUGCAUGGUCCUGGUGAUGCUGGACCUCAGCCACAUGUCUCCUUUGUGAGGAUAAACAGCUCUCUGGCUGUAGCAGCUUAUGAGGACGGAACUGUUAGUGUUUGGAACCUGAUGUUUGGGCGGGAGCCAAUCCAUCGUUACCAGCACAAUCAGAGGAUACAGGCUUUAGCUCUUGCUUCAGAGGGUGCAACGGUAGCAACAGCAUCUGGCUUUGAGGUCAAAGUGGAAAGCCCUAAUGACAGAGGAUUCUGGCAAACUACGGCAACAUUUGAAAUCCAGAAAUUGGUCAACUUCCUUAAUCUGGUUCCAGAUGUUACGGGGAGUCCAGUGACCGUAGCAGCUGCAGAAGACAUUGUCUAUCUCCUGAAAGCAGAAGAUCCUGGCAAAAUUCUCCAUUCUGUCUAUGGUCAGCCUGUCACAUGUCUCGAUGUGUCUGCUCAUGAAGCAGCCUUUGGGGUCAAAACCUUUGGCUGGUUAUUGAAUGAGCCCAACCAGAUUCUUCUUUACAAUCUGGAAACAAGUCAGUGUCUGAAGAAGAUGGGCAACUCGAUAGGUGACUUUACGUGUGUCAACCUCCAGAACAGUCCUCCAAACAUGCUUGUUACAGGCAAUAAAGACAGAAGGGUCAGGGUAUUCGAUCUCCGCAAAAGCGAAUCUUUGUGCUCCCUCUAUGCCCACCAGUUAGGAGUGUCUGCGGUUCAGAUGGAUGACUGGAAGGUCGUCAGUGGAGGAGAAGAGGGCUUGGUCUGUGUGUGGGACCAACGGAUGGGCACCAAACUCUGGGAAGUGCAUGCCAGACAUCCAGUCCGCCAUGUAUGGUUUAAUUCUCAUAGCCUCAUCACUGCAAACAUCCCUGAUGAGAAAAGUCCCCGAGGCGCCAGCAUCACGGAUGAUGACCUUACUGCGCACCGCAAGCAUCGAGGAAUCAUUUAUGCCUACGAGUUCUCAGUGGACCAGUUGGCUGUAGAAAGCAUCCUUCCUAUUUGCCGCUCUUCCUACGAUGAAGUGACUGGUUACAACUACAACAUUGGCCUUGCAGUUCCCUAUGAUAACAUUUAGGUAAUUCACUUUACUUGGCUUCUGUGGUCCAGCCCUCUGCCAAGUACAUGGCCAAAGGCAAAAAGGAGAUCCACAUGGGACAAAUGCCAAAAAGAUGGCAUUGGCUGCAGGCACAUCAAAUGGGCUGAGCAUUUGCCGAAAACUUGGGGAUAUGAACCAGAACAGAGAGUGUGGCUGCCUUCGAGCAUAUCACUAAAAUAUGUUGCUGCGCAAAUGUUCAAAGGUCCACUAUGGUGGAAUGGAGAGACUGAAGACUGAAGGGGAACAGUAUGCUUCGGUGUAAACAAAAAUGUUCCUUCAUGCUGCUUGUGGGAAAAAUGCUGCUGAUCCCAUCUUGGCAGAGGACAUGGUCAGGAAGCGAGAGCCCCAAGUGGCAAACUGCUGAAGUGGUGGGAGGCUGGGAGCACAUUGAGGAAUUGAUGCCUGUCCUGAGAGGGGAAAAAAAAAAACCCCACCAAGGACUUGGAAAAAGCAUCUGGCAGAGCCACAUGUUUGAAAUUUCUUUCCUUGUAAUAAGCUGCUCAUUCUUCUUUUCCUUGGAGUGCAUCAGAAUGUGUCUAGGAACAGAACCGUGCACAAAAGGUUAUGGCAGUUGGGAGAGGGGAGUAUGAUGGAGAGAGGGAGGGGAAGGUUGGCCUUGGCCAGGCCGGAUGCUUGGAAACUCAGCAGGACACACGCAUCAAAAUUAUUUUAAAAUAAAUUAUUUUUUUAAGUCUCUCAAAUUCUGGAUUAAAUGUUUUGUAAUUGUA